AAUAUAAAUUAAUUUUCAUUUAUUAAAAUGUCACAAAAACAAUUGCCAGAAGAUGCUUUUUAUGACAAUUUAACUCUAGGUCUCAUAAAAACCCUUUCAAAUGUACCUCGCAUUUGCAAUGUAUCAAUUGAAAAACGUCAACCAUGCGAAAAGGCUCAAGUUCUUAACUGGGAACAAAGACACUGUGUUUAUCUUCCGGAAGAUAUGAAAAAAUUCUAUCUAUCAACUGAUGGAUUUAUUUUAUAUUGGAGUUAUCAAUAUGCUCCAAAUGAUAUUCGGCGCGUUGGCUGCAUAAACUUUCCCCAUCUUCUGCAAAUAACAUUGUUGCGAGAAAAUAUCGAACCAUUGUAUACAAAUCAACAAGCUGAAGCUUUGUCAAAGGAUUCAACAAUGGCGCCCAACACGGGACCACUAUUAACCCCAAAAAGUAAAAUAUUCGAACUGAAUAGCGUUAAUGACAUUGCAAAGGUUUGUUUGGUGUACGAAACAAGUGGCAUGAGUAAUCCUAGAAUUUAUCUACUCGAAUUAAAUAAAAUGAAAUGGCAAUUUUUAUCAGAGACAUUCAGUGAAUACUUGAGAAUGUCAGUCGCACAUUUGGGACUUCCAUAUUGGGAACUUUGUUUUUCAAGCUGUGGUCUGCCUUCGUGGACAGAACAAUUAUUUCUUCUAUUGGCACCGCAUUUGUUGGAAGAUAACGAAAUACGCCGGGGACGUUCAAUUCAGCCUGCAGCUGAACAUCCUUGUAAUGUUUUAGACACAAAUAUAUUUCGGGCAAAACCAAAGACAGCAAAACUUCCACAGAAAGCAAAACACUAAUAUUUCCUUUUCUCAAAAGAUUUAAGGCAACAAAACUUUGACAUAAUUAAAAAAAGAGUGUGUUCCUUUUUAUCAAAAAAAUUUUCGUGCUCGUGUGGACA